CAUGGUGGACGCCGGGCUGAUGUGCUGGGAGGAGGGGCAACGGGAGGAGGCGGUGGGGUACUACCAGGCGGCGUCGGAGCUGGGACACCCUGUCGGCAUGUGCAAUCUCGGAGUGUCCUACCUCGAAGCUGAUCCACCCCAGGCCGAGGAAGCUGUUAGAUGGUUUUAUCCAGCUGCAUCCGCAGGCAAUGUUCGUGCCCAGUACAACCUAGCCCUCUGCUUGCAGAAUGGAAAAGGAAUCAAGCGUAAUCAACGGGAAGCUGCAAAGUGGUACUUACGAGCUGCAGAAGGAGGGAAUGUACGAGCCAUGUAUAAUGUUUCCUUGUGUUAUGGCUUUGGUGAAGGGUUUACACUGGAUCCAGUGCGUGCAAAGAAGUGGCUGCAACUAGCUGCUGAUUGUGGUCACAGAAAGGCUCUUUAUGAGUCUGGUAUUAAACUCUGUGCGGCAGGAGACAAGAUCAGGUCUCUUAUGUAUCUAGAGCUGGCAACACGCCAUGGAGAAAGUGCCGCCUCACAUAUGAGAGAUGUAAUACUUGAAUCACUCUCUCCUGCGAAUGCCCAACGUGCCCUUUCAGAUGCUGAUAAAUGGCGACCGAAAUCUCUCUCUGCCAGAAGAUGAGCAGAUGGCUCCUACCAAACACUAACAACCCCUUUAUGGGGCUGGCCAUUAACUACAUCAUUUCCAAAUCAGGCGCUUCCCAAAGGGCCAAGUGGGCAUGUACGCAUCUACUUCCUCCGUCCGGAAUUAGUUGACAUUCAAACGGAUGUACCUAGCUCUGAAAUACGUCUAGAUACAUCCGUUUGAGCGUCAACUAAUUCCGGACGGAGGGAGUACAUCAAAAUCAUCUUCAUGUCCUUUGCCUUGGCUUGCUUGUAAAUCCUAUCAUUACAGAUUGUGACGGGGAAGUUGGUCAAAUGGCGAUGAGGGACACAAAGUAGUGGAAUGCUGGGUAAAACUGUAUAGUACAGCCCAAGAAAAGCUUUGGUUCAGCUGACCUGAAGACUGAACAAUUGCAUCUUUGUGAUAAGUAGAAACGAUUGGGUGCUAGUACUACUCUUUAGUCACCAAAUGUGUGAAAGGUGUAUAGUGCUGUAUCACAGUUGAAAGGAAUGAUGCAAACUAGAAUUGCAUCGCAUCUUUGUUUUGGUGAUUGAGGAAAUGUUGAAGAUAAAUAAUAUGCUUGCAAAUGUA